CUGCUGACGUAAGAGGAGGGAUUUGGGGCGCAAGAUUAGGCCUGCAGGAUGCUUAUGCCCAGUCAGCUACCAUCCUCCCUCUCCUGUCUCUUUGUAAAGUGGUUACUGUGAUACAACAAUGGAGAUGUCUGCUGCACUCAGUCUGCGUGUUCUUCACUGUUACUCAAAGCCAGGCACUUUUGGAUAUGGCCCUGGUGUCGUGCGAUCUUUCUGCCUUAGUGUGCAGGCAAAGGGCUAUAAGUAUGUAAAUGCACAGGAGCUGCCAACAGACCUGAAAUCAAUCACGGACAGGGCUGCCACAACCCUCCUUUGGACUGAACUCUUCAGAGGUUUGGGGAUGACCCUUAGUUAUCUGUUCCGUGAACCUGCCACUAUCAACUACCCGUUUGAGAAGGGCCCCCUCUCUCCUCGCUUCCGUGGAGAGCACGCCCUGCGUCGCUAUCCUAACGGAGAGGAGCGCUGCAUUGCAUGCAAACUGUGCGAGGCCAUCUGCCCUGCUCAGGCCAUUACAAUUGAAGCUGAGACUCGAGCUGAUGGCAGCAGGAGAACUACACGCUACGACAUUGAUAUGACCAAAUGUAUCUACUGUGGCUUCUGCCAGGAGGCCUGCCCUGUUGAUGCCAUUGUUGAGGGUCCAAACUUUGAGUUUUCUACUGAGACUCAUGAGGAGCUGCUGUACAACAAAGAGAAGCUGCUCAACAAUGGAGACCGAUGGGAGGCUGAGAUAGCAGCCAACAUACAGGCAGACUACCUGUACAGAUAGACUCGCUGUUGUAUGUGCACACUGCCCCCAAAGAUGUAUUAUCCAGCAAAACGAUAUACUUAAUCAUCUCACUGUGCUUUCAAGAGAUUAUUUGUCGCUUUAAAGAAAUGACAGAGUUUCAUGUGAAAGGUGAAGCCUUGAGGCCUCAUAUAUGCUGUUGUCAAACUGAGAAAUGAUACAAACACGCACAAUUGUUGUUUCUUGUGUUGUUCUGAUGGAUUGAGUUAACCUGUGGAUGGAGUCUGUUACCCACAAUGCACUUUCUGUCAUAGAACAUUCCCGAUUACACUUUAAAAGCCUGUUGUACCUCUAUGUAGUUGUUGGUUACCAACGCUUUUUGAAAUACUGAAAUAAAUGACUUCAAACUUCA